CUUUAGAGAUUCCACAUUUAGCUAUUUCUUCGCUGCUUGCACAGUAUCUUUUUGUUUUUUUAUAUACAUUUUUUUUUAACAAAAUAUAUUGAAAUUUGUUCAUAUGAAGUAACCCUUUUUGUAUUUGGUGUAACUACUCUAUCCUCCAUUUUGUCUUAUUCUUCCAUUUUAACCACUUUUCUUUCUUGUUUUUGACCUUUUUUUUUUUCAUUUUCAUAUUUUUUCUAUAUUUAAGGUGUCAAAUUAAUGUUAUUCUGAUAUGGGUUUUCAAUUUCUUGAUCUGGGGUUGUGAUUUCUUGGUUUUUUUUCAAGCUCCAUAGACAAAUUUUCUUGUUGGUAUCAUAAAAAUCCAUUUCUUGUUUUUUUAACAACCCUGUUCAUUUUUAACAAAAGGGUCUUCAAUUCUAUCAUUUUCUUGAAUUAUUUUUGUUUCAUAGUGUGAUAAAUGCUUAGGAUGAUAAAGAUAUGAUUUUUGGUGUGAGGUAAUGUUGGGAGUUUUGUGUAGUUUUGUUUAGAAUGAAAUGAUUAUAUGGUUCUUGGCUAUAUAAUGUGAUCUGUUUUAUGAUCUAAUUUUGCAACCACAAAAAAAUAAAAAAUCUCCACCAUUUUGAUGGUAGGUGAUUGCUUUGCAUCUUCUUUGAUAAAUCCUAAGUUUUGGAGCAAAAAAAUGGUAGCUUAUAGCACAUAUUAGUUUCUACUUGUUACUGAUUUAGAGAAUUGAAAUGGCAGAGAGAAAUGUACAUUCUGUUAGGGGAUUUUUCGGUCGAAAAUCCUUAUUUAGUAUGUUUUCAAUUACUUCAAUCUUGUUCAUGUUAUCUUUGUUAUUUGUAUUGCGUUCAACUGGUCGGCGUAACUUUCUUUACCUCAAUAUAUUACCUAAGUCCAAGAUUCUUGCUUUAUCUGAUGAAGGUUAUUCACAAUCCAGUAGUCCAACAUUGAAAAAAUACAAUUUGUUUAAGUGUAGUUCUAGUAAAAAAGUCCUCAAAGUUUUUAUGUAUGACUUGCCCCCACAAUUUCAUUUUGAACUAUUGGGAUGGAAAGCUGAGGGAAAGAGUGUUUGGCCCGAUAUAAGAAAAAUGGUUCCUCAUUAUCCUGGAGGACUAAACUUGCAACAUAGUAUAGAGUAUUGGUUGACAUUGGAUCUUUUGUUGUCUGAAUUUGCUGAUGAUUCGAAUGGUCGAAGUGCUAUAAGAGUACAUAAUUCAAGUGAAGCUGAUGUUAUAUUCGUUCCUUUCUUUUCAUCGGUUUGCUAUAACCGGUUUUCAAAGCUUAAGCCAAAUCAGAAGAAAAGCACGAACGUCUUGUUACAGGAAAAAUUGGUUGCCUUUUUGACAGCGCAAGAGGAAUGGAAAAGAUCAGGGGGAAAAGACCAUAUAAUUAUCGCGCACCAUCCAAAUAGUCUUUUGGAUGCAAGAAUGAAACUGUGGCCUGCGAUAUUUAUACUUUCGGAUUUUGGAAGGUAUCCUCCGACAGUAGCUAAUGUUGAAAAAGAUGUGAUUGCACCUUACAAGCAUGUAAUCAGGAACUAUGACAAUGAUACUUCUGAUUUUUAUAGUCGGCCAAUUUUGCUCUACUUCCAGGGAGCUAUAUACAGAAAAGAUGGCGGGUCUAUUCGACAAGAGUUAUUCUAUAUGCUGAAAGAUGAGAAAGAUGUUCACUUCUCCUUUGGGAGUAUUUUAAAAGGUGGAGUAAAACAAGCAACAGAGGGUAUGCACUCAUCCAAAUUCUGUCUCAACAUCGCGGGUGACACUCCCUCAUCGAACCGUCUCUUUGAUGCUAUUGCAAGUCACUGCGUACCGGUCAUCAUUAGUGAUGAAAUCGAGCUUCCUUAUGAAGAUGUUCUCGACUAUUCAGAGUUCAGCAUAUUCGUCCGUACAUCAGAUGCUCUCAAAGAAAAUUUCCUUAUAAACUUCAUCAGGAGCAUCACGCAAGAAGAGUGGACUAGAAUGUGGGCAAGGUUAAAAGAGAUUGAAAAUAUGUUUGAGUAUCGGUAUCCUUCCAAGGACAACGAUGCUGUUCAAAUGAUCUGGCAAACUAUCGCUCGUAAAGUUCCAGUUAUCAAUUUGAAGAUGCAUAAAUAUUCGAGAUAUUCUCGAACCCCUGUUUCGAAGGGAGGGAUGAAGUCAUUUCCCUUGCCAAAGAAUAUUUUGUAAGCAACUGAACAUUCAGUAGGAUUUUGAAUAUUUUGUCAACAGCAGAAUUCUUACAUAGUUUUGGAACAUAACCAAUGGUUGCAAACAAUAGUUUAUAGAAACAUAGAAAAAGAAAUUUGUAAUUUUUAAGUCUCUGCUUGUUGAAUCAGUUAAGAGAUCAUUGAGCAAUUUGUUCAUUCAUU